AUGAAUGAACCUCUCCUUGCUAAGGAUUCACCUUCUGGAAAGGCAGCUGUAGAAAGGUGUUUGAGAAAGUCCAAAAAAGCUGACUGUGGCUUUUCUCUGCAAUCAAUUAAUGGGAAAAACCAGAGCAUAACGCCGCCAUCAACCUUCAAAACGCCACCCUUCUUUGUUGGCAAGAGGAACGAAAAUGACACAGUUUUCCUCUACGACUUCAAUUGGUUCCCGUUUGGAAUUGGGGAAAAUCAAGAAUCCCCCAGACGACGGUGUUUCUGUUUGGGUCGCCGCUCCUCGAGCUCCUCGAUCAAUUGCUUGCUUAAUUUGAUUGAUUUUAGAUCUUCAAAACUCGUCAUUAGCAAUGCUUAG